AUGUAUAAACCAGUGGAGACAGUGAAACGUCGACUCAAUGUGCAUGCACCACCAAGGAUAAGAAGUGUGGAUGUUGCUAGAGGACGAGCAGGGUAUGGAUUUACCCUUUCUGGACAAGCUCCUUGUGUUCUUAGCUGUGUUAUGAAAGGAAGCCCUGCAGAUUACGUAGGACUAAAAGCUGGAGAUCAGAUAUUUGCUGUCAAUGACAUCAAUGUCAAAAAGGCUUCUCACGAAGAUGUAGUGAAACUUAUAGGGAAGUGUUCUGGUGUGUUGCAUAUGAUAAUUGGUGAAGGCAUCAGUCACAUGGACUCCUGUUCCAGUGAUGAAGAAGUUGGAUUUUAUGAAGGAAAAGGCUGGCUAAAGCCCAAACUUGAUUCCAAAGCAUUAGGUAUCAACAGAGCAGAGAGAGUUGUUGAAGAAAUGCAAUCUGGUGGAAUUUUUAGCAUGAUCUUUGAAAAUCCUACUCUUUGUGCUGCUAGUUCAGAUCACUCAAAACCAAAACAAAGAUCCCUUUCAGAGUCAGCUGUUGCUGCUGCUGGGUUUGACAUUGCACAGGAAAGUAUAAAUAACCCAAAUUAUAAUCUACAUUCUAAGGAAGAAAUAUCUAAAGUUAUACAUGAUGAUUCAGUUUUUAGUAUUGGACUAGAAAAUCAUGAUGACUUUGGAUUAGAUGCAAGCAUUUUAAAUGUUGCCAUGGUGGUAGGUUAUCUAGGCUCAAUAGAGCUUCCUUCAACUAGCUCCAACCUUGAAUAUGACAGUCUGCAGGCUAUUCGUGGAUGUAUGAGGCGCUUGCGGGCAGAACAGAAAAUACAUUCAUUGGUGAUGAUGAAGAUUAUGCAUGAUUGCAUUCAACUCUGCACUGACAAAGCUGGAGUAGUGGCUGAAUAUCCUGCAGAGAAACUGGCAUUUAGUGCAGUAUGCCCUGAUGACAGAAGAUUCUUUGGAUUGGUAACCAUGCAGAGUAAUGAUGAUGGAAGUUUGGCACAGGAAGAUGAAGGAGUUUUGAGAACUUCUUGUCAUGUUUUUAUGGUAGAUCCUGAACUUUUUAGCCAUAAAAUUCAUCAAGGUAUUGCAAGACGAUUUGGGUUUGACUGUACAGCUGACCCAGACACUAAUGGUUGUUUAGAAUUUCCAACUUCAUCUUUACCUGUUCUACAAUUUAUUUCAGUCUUAUAUAGAGAUAUGGGGGAGUUGAUUGAAGGAAUGAGAGCACGGGCCUUCCUAGAUGGUGAUGCUGAUGUGCAUCAGAAUAAUAGUACAAGCAGCAAUAGUGAUAGUGGCAUUGGUAAUUUCAACCAAGAAGAAAAAAGCAACAGAGUUCUGGUGGUUGAUUUAGGAGCUAGCUCAAGUAAGCACAUUCCUAGUAAUAUGUGGGAAAAUCCAGGAGGAAGAGCAUCAAACCCACCUACUGCACACUGGAAUGGUUUCUGUCAUGAUGUGGAAGGAAAUUCUUUAGAAGCAACUCAGAAUGAUAAAUUUUGUGAUUUAAAUAAGCACUUAGGACCCUCAUCCCGAAUGGAGGUUCCUCUUGUUUCUUCACGCAGUUCUGUCCCUCCUUCUAAGAGAAGUGCCAUGGGUAUGGGUGGUAGUUCCAACCAAAGGUGGCUACCUGUCCAUGUCCUCCAGGAAUGGCAACAUGGCCAUGCCAGUGAUCAAGAGUCAUAUACAGAUUCUACAGAUGGAUGGUCAAGUGUGAAUUGUGGCACACUUCCUCCUCCAAUGAAUAAGAUUCCUGCUGACCGGUAUAGGGUUGAAGGUAGCUUUGUUCAGCCUCAACUAAGUGUUCACAAGAGUGAAUGGUCUAAAAAAGCUUUUGGAAUGCAAACCAUCUUUGGCCAUCACCGAAAUGUUAGAAAGACAAGAGAGGAUAAAAAGAGUUUAAAGUUUGGACAUGGAAUUGGUUUGGCCCAUACUCCACAGCGUACCUCUACUCGAAGAUCAUUUGGAAGAUCGAAGAGAUUUAGUAUUACUCGUUCACUUGAUGACCUUGAGUCUGCAACUGUAUCCGAUGGUGAGUUAAAUAGUACUGAUUUGAAAGACUGUGUUAGCAACAACAGCCUCAGUAGCAAUGCCAGCCUUCCCAGUGUGCAGAGUUGCAGAAGACUUCGGGAAAGGAGAGUUGCAAGUUGGGCUGUUUCAUUCGAACGUCUUCUACAGGAUCCUAUUGGUGUUAGAUACUUCUCUGAUUUUCUAAGGAAAGAAUUCAGUGAAGAAAAUAUUUUAUUCUGGCAGGCCUGUGAAUAUUUUAGCCAUGUUCCUGCACAUGACAAAAAAGAGCUUUCUUAUAGAGCUCGAGAGAUCUUUGCUAAAUUCUUGUGUAGCAAAGCUACCACACCAGUUAACAUCGAUAGCCAGGCCCAGUUGGCUGAUGAUAUUCUCAAUGCGCCACAUCCAGACAUGUUCAAGGAACAACAGCUGCAGAUCUUUAACUUAAUGAAGUUUGAUAGUUACACUCGUUUUCUGAAAUCCCAGCUCUAUCAAGAAUGUAUUUUGGCAGAAGUAGAAGGGCGUUCUCUACCUGAUUCUCAACAGGUCCCAAGUAGCCCUGCCUCUAAACACAGCAUCAGCUCAGAUCGCUCUAAUGUGUCAACGCCAAAAAAGUUAAGUGGAAAAUCAAAAUCAGGAAGAUCCCUAAAUGAAGAGUCAGGAGAAGAGGAUGGGGAGAAGAAACGAAAAGGAACAUUUUUUUCCUGGUCAAGGAAUAAGAGCACUGGACGGUCCCAGAAAAAGAAGGAACAUGGGGAUCACCUACAUGAUACUCUUCACUCUAAUGGAGGAUUACAUCGACGUGAAUCACAAGGUUCCAUGUCUUCUGCUGCAAGCCUUGACCUGUCGGACACCUGUAGAGUCUCGGUGGCUGAAAAGGACAAAUCCUCCAAACACUGCUGCAUCCACCUUCCGGAUGGGACGUCAUGUGUGGUGGUCGUCAGAGCUGGAUUCUCAAUCAAGGAGAUAUUAUCUGGCCUCUGUGAGAAACACGGCAUCAAUGUGGCCGCAGUCGAUCUUUUUUUAGUAGGAGGGGACAAGCCUUUGGUGCUGCACCAAGACAGCAGCAUCUUGGAUUCCAGGGACCUACGCUUAGAAAAACGCACUUUAUUCCGGCUUGAUCUAGUCCCAAUCAAUAGGUCAGUGGGACUGAAGGCCAAGCCCACCAAGCCAGUCACAGAAGUGCUGCGGCCUGUGGUAGCCAAGUAUGGUUUGAAUCUUAGUGACCUUGUGGUGAGACUAAGUGGAGAGAAGGAGCCACUAGAUCUUGGUGUUCCUAUUUCCAAUUUGGAUGGACAAAGAGUGAUCUUAGAAGAAAAGGAUCCCACAAAAGGAAAAGUAUUCACAGACAAACAGAAAGGUGCAUCAGCCAAACAGAAUAUAGCUGUAAUCCCCAGUUCCAGAAAUCACUCUGCUACGGGAGAGGAAAGAACACUAGGCAAGUCUAAUUCUAUUAAAAUAAAAGGAGAAAAUGGAAAAAAUGCUAGGGAUCCCCGGCUUUCAAAGAGAGAAGAAUCUAUUGCAAAGAUUGGGAAAAAAAAAUAUCAGAAAAUUAAUUUGGACGAAGCAGAGGAGUUUUUUGAGCUCAUUUCCAAAGCUCAGAGCAACAGAGCAGAUGACCAACGUGGGCUGUUAAGAAAAGAGGAUCUUGUCCUGCCAGAUUUUCUUCGUUUACCACCUUGCACAGCAGAACCAAUUGCAUCUACUCCUGCAACAACAAAAGGCCUAAACAAGAGAACUGUAAAAAAUGGCAGCAAAGAAAAGGCUAUGCAACCAAAUGGGAAGCUGGAAUCUGCCCAGAAUGGUAGUGAAAGUCCAGUGAAGAGCCCAGGGCCUGCUGAGGGCCAGCCUAGGCCUACUCUAACCACCCUCCAGAGUCCAAAGACUCCCAGCCCCCCCUUUAGUGCCCCAUUGUCUCCAAUCCCACACGUCCAGGAAGGAGCAGCAUCAGCACAAAUAUGGAAGAGACAAUCCAAGGAAUUACAUGCUGAAGGCAUACAGACUAUAGAGGAUGAGAACGUUGCUGACUUAACCCUCGUGGGGGAAGGAGAUAUUAGUAGCCCUAACAGCACUCUAUUGCCACCUCCUCCGACACCACCAUCAGAUGUUACAAAACUCACUGAAGCCAACUACUCACCCCCAACUCCUCUGACAGAUAAACAGGAAAAACCUGGAUAUCAGAGAUCCAUUUCAGGUAUUUCUAGAUUUUAAUUUUUUCCUCUACACUUACAACUCCUUUACUUUUUGAC